AGAUCAGCGCUUUUGGAGGAUUAUCGGCUCAACAAGACCGACCGGAAUUGGGGUCUGAACGAAAUCCUCGGUCACAUCAUCGAAUUCUCGGGCGACCAACACGGCUCUCGACUCAUCCAGUCCAAGCUCGAGCACGCCAACGAGCACGAGCGGGGCACCAUGUUUGCCGAGAUCCUCCCCAACGCUCUCACGCUCAUGACUGAUGUGUUUGGCAACUAUGUCAUCCAGAAGUUCUUUGACUUUGGGUCGGCGGAGCAGGUCCGGGCACUGGGCGAGAAGAUGAGGGGGCAGGUGUUGAACCUUUCUAUGCAGAUGUAUGGGUGCAGGGUGGUCCAGAAGGCCCUGGAGCGGGUCGAGAAGGACCAAAAGCUGUCCAUCAUCGCUGAGCUGGACGGCAAGAUUGUUGAUUGCGUCAAGUCGGCGAACGCCAACCAUCGUAUCAUCCAGUGCGACCCGCCCAAGUCCGUUCCUGAUGCGUUCGCCGGGCACGCCCUCGAGCUCUCCGUGCACGCAUUCGGAUGCCGCGUCCUCCAGAAAGCGGUCGAGAACCUUCCGGACGGCCACAAGGCUGAGCUCCUGGAAGAGCUCCAUGGGUGCGCAAAGCGGCUCAUCGAGGAUGCUUUUGGGAACUAUGUCGUGCAGAGUAUGAUCAUCGCUGCUGGGCCAGACCACCGCGCUAGGGUCAUUCAGCUCAUCAAGGGUCAGGUCUGGACGUUAUCUUGCCACAAGUUCGCGUCCAACAUUGUCGAGAAGGCUAUCCUGCAUGCCGAGCCGGAUGACAAGCGCGAGUUGGUGUAUGAGCUGGUCGCUAUCCGGGAGGACGGGUCGAACCGUAUUCACUCGAUCAUCCGGGAUCCUUUUGCCAACUUUGUGCUCCAGGUGAGUUAUCAUCUUACCAAAUCCGGUAGAGCAAAGCUGACGGCUAAGACAUGCCUCAAGUCCGCCGAGCGUGCUCAGCGUCAACAAGUAAGUUUUGGCCCUUUGUCUGCUGUAGAAGGCCUACUAGCUGACGUCACAGCUCCUGGACUCGCUCGUUCCCCUCAUGAACACCAUCCGGCACACUCCUCCCGGUAA